GGGCCGCGUGUGGGGCCUGCCCGGCCCCCUCCCCGGGCCCCCCGGCCCCCUCGGGCUCCCCGGGCCCCCCCGGCCCCCUCCCCGGGCCCUCCCCGGGCUCCCCGGGCUCCCCAGGCCCGCGGGGCUCCCGGCGCCUCCACCUCAGGGCCGCGGGCGGCGGGGCCCGGAGCCAGCGCAGCGGGUGAAGGUUUUGCUGCUGUUGUCCAGGAGCGGGUGAAGGAUGGACUCCCUGGAUCAGAUGCUGACUGACCCCCUGGAGCUGGGGCCCUGCGGGGAUGGCACGCGGAUCAUGGAGGACUGCAUGCUGGGGACCACCCGUGUCAGCCUGCCCGAGGACCUGCUGGAGGACCCUGAGAUCUUCUUUGAAGUCGUCAGCUUGUCCACGUGGCAGGAGGUGCUGACAGAAGCUCAGCAAGACCACCUGAAAAAAUUCCUGCCUCACUUCCCUGACAACAACCGGGAGCACCAGAACAAGCUCAUCUCCGCCUUGUUCAGCGGCGAGAACUUCAGAUUUGGGAACCCCCUGCACAUCGCCCAGAAGCUCUUCCGGGAUGGGCACUUCAACCCCGAGGUGGUGAAGUACCGGCAGCUGUGCUUCAAGUCGCAGUACAAGCGCUACCUGAGCUCCCAGCAGCAGUACUUCUACCGCCUGCUCAAGCAGAUCCUCGCCUCCCGCAACCACUUGCUGGAGUUGGCUCGGAAAGGAGGCCCUGACAUGACCCUGCGGAGGAGGCACUUCCCACCCACCUAUGACACGGAGGAGCGGGACAGACGGACGCAUCGGCGCUACUUGAAGAUCCUGAGGGAAGUGAAAGAGGAGUGUGGAGAUACCACCGUGUCUUCUGAUGAGGAAGAUCUAAGCUCCUGGUUUCCAAGUUCUCCUGCACGUUGUCCAAGUCCACCAGUUCCCCUGCGAGUGAUCCCCACAUUGUCCACCUUGGACAUGAAAACAGCAGACAAGAUAGAACUUGGGGAAAGUGAUUUGAAGAUGAUGUUGAGGAAGCACCACGAGAAACGGAAACGUCAACCAGACCACCCUGAUCUAGUGACAACAGACUUGACUCUUGAGGACAUCAUGACUCGAGUAAACGCUGGCAGGAAAGGUUCCUUGGCAGCCUUAUUUGACCUUGCAACUCUCAAGAAAAAGGUGAAGGAAAAGGAAGAUAAGAAGAAAAAAAGGCUGAAGAUUAAAUCCGAGGUGGAAGACUUGGCUGACUCUCUUAUCAAUGCAGAUGGAAUUGCACCAAUGUCUCAGGAUCCUUCCCCCAUCCCUCUGUCAUCUGUCAAAGAGGAACCUCUGGAUGAGAUGAAGCCAUGCCUUGGAAUAAAUGAAAUAUCUUCCAGCUUCUUUUUCCUUCUUUUGGAGAUACUGUUUCUGGAUGGGCCUGCUACUCUCUCUGUGCUGGAAGAUAAAGUUCUAGAUUGGCAAUCUUCUCCUGCCAGUGCACUAAAUAACUGGUUCUCCUUUGCCCCAAACUGGUCUGAACUGGUUUUACCUGCCUUGCAGUACCUGACAGGUGACAGCAGAGAUGCUCCUUCCAGCUUCUCACCUUUUGUUGAGUUCAAGGAAAGAACUCAGCAGUGGAAACUGCUUGUUUCUUGCCAUGACCAUGAGAAAGAAUUGGCAGCACUGUUUCAACUCUGGUUGGAGACCAAAGACCAGACCUUCUUCAAAGAAAGUGAAGACAGCUCAGAUGCCACAACACCAUUUCCCAGAGUAAGGACUGACUAUGUGGUCCGACCUAGCACAGGAGAGGAGAAACGUGUGUUUCAGGAGCAGGAACGUUACCGUUACAGCCAGCCCCACAAAGCCUUCACCUUCCGCAUGCACGGCUUUGAGUCGGUUGUUGGGCCUGUCAAGGGGGUGUUUGACAAGGAAACCUCCUUAAACAAGGCCCGAGAGCAUUCUCUGCUUCGCUCAGACAGACCUGCCUAUGUCACCAUCUUGUCCCUUGUUCGUGAUGCUGCUGCUCGCCUUCCUAACGGAGAAGGAACUCGUGCUGAGAUCUGUGAGCUGCUUAAAGAUUCCCAGUUCCUAGCUCCCGAUGUCACAAGUGCUCAAGUGAAUACUGUUGUUAGUGGUGCUUUGGAUCGAUUACAUUACGAGAAAGAUCCCUGUGUGAAAUACGAUAUUGGGCGCAAGUUGUGGAUCUACCUGCACCGAGACAGGAGUGAGGAAGAGUUUGAACGGAUCCACCAGGCUCAAGCUGCUGCAGCAAAGGCCAAGAAAGCUCUUCAGCAGAAGCCAAAACCCCAAGCUAAAAUGAAGUCCAGCAGCAAGGAGAGUUCCCUGAAAGCGCUCCCCAGCAGCACCUCAGAGCCCAGCCAGCUGAGCCUGAGUGACUCCAGCAUGCCACCAACCCCUGUGACUCCUGUGACACCAACUGCACCAGCAUUACCAGCAACCCCCAUUUCACCCCCACCAGUGUCUGUGGUUAGCAAGAGUGUCUCUAGUGCUGGGUCGGAGCCAGCAAAACCCAGCCAGAGUGUUCUUCUGGUGUCAUCCCCCACCAUGCCUCAGCUCGGGACAUUGCUCUCCACAGCCCAGAGUCCACAGGCACAGGCAGGGCCACCGCCACCCCCCAGCAGGGUGAUCAGUCACACCACCUCCUCAGGUCUGCCCCAGGUCCGGGUGGUCACUGCCCAGUCCAGCCUCCCAGCUGUGUCCCAGCAAGCCCCAGUGGUGACCCAGCAGCAGCAGCCUGCAUCAGUGCCUCAGAUUCGUGUUCCAGCUACAGCCACACAAACCAAAGUGCUCCCUCAGGCUGUGAUGACUCUGCCAGUAAAAGCUCAGACCAGCCCAGUGCAGGUGCAGAGACCAGGCAGCUCCGUGGGGGGACAGACAGGCCUGCCUGUGACAGGGCUCUCUGCAGCACCCAGUCCUGCUGUCAAGCCAGUGACCAGCUCUCCAGGCAGUUCUGCUACAAGCACCUCCUCUACCACUGUCAUCCAGAACGUGGCUGGCCAGAAUAUCAUCAAGCAGGUGGCUAUCACAGGCCAACUGGGCAUGAAGACCCAGCCUGGAAGCAGCAUCCCCCUCGCAGCCACCAAUUUUCGGAUCCAGGGGAAGGACGUGUUGCGCCUGCCCCCGUCCUCCAUCACCACGGAUGCCAAGGGCCAGACUGUGCUGCGGAUCACCCCGGACAUGAUGGCCACCCUGGCCAAAUCUCAAGUCACUACUGUCAAACUGACUCAGGACCUCUUCACAGCAGCUGCGGGAAGCAGUGCUGGUGGGAAAGGCAUCUCUGCAACUCUGCACGUGACGUCCAAUCCCGUCCAGACUGCUGAUUCUCCAGCCAAGACUAGCACGGCCACUUCAGCUUCUUCCAGCCCAGCUGGAAGCACAGUGGUUAAAGUGACUCCUGACUUGAAGGCUGCAGAGCCAACAAGCUCUGCUUUCCGACUGAUGCCUGCUCUGGGCAUGACCGUGGCGGAUCAGAAGAGCAAAGCCAUCACCACGGUGGCAUCCAGCGAGGCCAAGCCAGCUGCUACCAUAAGAAUCGUGCAAGGGCUAGGGGUGAUGCCUCCCAAAGCUGGGCAGACGAUCACGGUAGCUACUCACCCUAAACAAGUGUCCUCUUCCUCAGCAGUGAGCGUGGCUGGCACAGCCCACACCUCAGCGGUCUCCUUACCAACCGUGAGUGCCACAGUGUCCAAAGCGGUGGCCGUGGCCUCGGGAGCUGCUGGGACUCCCAUAACUAUAGGCACAGGAGCCACCACUGUGCGGCAGGUACCCGUCAGCACCACAGUAGUGUCAACAUCCCAGGCAGGUAAACUGCCAGCACGAAUAACAGUGCCUCUGUCAGUGAUCAGCCAGCCAGUGAAAGGCAAGAGUGUGGUGACUGCCCCCAUCAUCAAGGGCAACCUCGGGGCCAACAUCAGUGGAUUAGGUAGGAAUAUCAUCCUGACUACCAUGCCAGCAGGGACAAAACUGAUUGCUGGGAACAAGCCAGUGAGUUUCCUGACUGCACAGCAACUCCAGCAGCUGCAGCAGCAAGGCCAAGCCACGCAGGUGCGGAUUCAAACGGUCCCAGCCUCCCACCUCCAGCAGGGAACAGUGUCUGGCUCUACUAAAGCAGUUUCCACUGUGGUGGUGACAACAGCUCCAUCUCCAAAGCAGACCCAAGAUCAGCUAUGAACACUGGUUUGAAAAUGGAUUGCUUUCCAAGAACUUCCCUGAGUCAUCCUCCAUCCAACCACCCAAGACAACCUAAGCACAGUCAUGGCUAGGGGCUGGACUGGAUUCUGUCACUUUUUUUUGGUCUGGAGUCAGCAUUGUGAUGUCUAGGUAGAAAAUCCACAGCAAAAGAUGCUGUACCUACAAACUAAAAUGUUUCAGUCCAGAUAUGUAAAGCCAAGGUCUGUAGCAUUGAUUGUUUAAGAAAUGUCUUCCUUUUCUUUGUCCUUUUCCCAUCCCAAGGGCUUUUUGCCAAUAUAAUUCCUGGGCGUUUUGGGUUCUAGAUGAAGCAGUUGAGCUUGGGUCUUCCUUAACCAGGGAAAUUUGCUUGGAAGGGGUAAUUCAGACUCUUCCAAGUCAUGAAGAAGAUGCCUCCUUUUGCAGGAGUUUAGCUGCCACCAUGUUUAUACAGGGGACUUGGGAUGGUGAUUUGGACACCAGAGUUGGUAACAGCAUGGAAUUAGAUCCCUCACACAUUCAGCCUACUGUUUAUAGACUUUUAAAAUACCUCUCCCCUAUCUCUGAGCUCACCUUUCUUUCAGACAGAUAACACUUCAUAGUUCUGUCAAGGGCAGGAUGAGACUCAAGACGGUUUUUGCUGUAAAAAAGCAAGUAACCACAGGGAAAGGUGAGAAGUGGAGGAGAUGCAGAAAGUCAUUGUGUGAACAGGUCUGUCAGGAAAUGGGAAUAUAGUGGAAAAUAAAGUGUUGACCAGAAGGAUCCUCCUUUAGUUUUCCUCAACAAAGAAACCUUUUUAUCAGUCAAAAAAGACUGUAGCUUGUUUUAAAAGUGUGGAUCUACCCAGCCUGGACUCAGCAGAAAUCUUUUAACCCCUGAUCUUGGCCUUUAGUUUUGUUUUUACCUUUCCAAUUUUAUCUGUGUACAUUUGUUUGAAUUUUGCACAUACUGGAGAUGAAUCCGUGGCUGUUCUGACGUGACCUUGAAGCUUCCUGGGAAUGAGAUCAGAAGACAUGUUGGACCAGGAGAAGAAUAAAAGGGCAGAAUGCCUUAUAAAUCUCUCUGCCA